AUGUCCGUCAGCUCGUCGCCCGUUGCGCGACGACGACCGUCAAAGGAAAAGCCGGAGGAAGCGCAUGCGCCUGCUGUGUGGAUCGUGUCGGACUGGGUCACGCACCCCGUGAUCGAAAGCUUUUACGGCCACGCACGGCAUGCGCGCGCCAGUUCGUUCUAUGACGUGAUGUGCUCGCCUAUGAACGCUACAGCCACGACGACGCUGGGGGAGAGCUGCUAUGGGUACACAAAAGAGCCGGACGACGCCAAAGACGAGGAAGGGUAUCGUCAUGCUGGUGCCACUGCGACAAGUCCACACACGUGUCGUCCAUUUGGCUCGUUUGCUUAUUCCUGCACGACGGAUACGAGUGAAGAAGCAGGUCUCAGCAUUGGUCCGGAGAGUCCGAUGUACGACCGUCGAGCUCCAAUGCAGAAGAGCUACAGUAGCAGCUGCGCUGUGCGCAGCAGCUCUGGCUUUGCCCAGUGGAACAAAAUGAGACGUACGAUGAGUCUAAGCGGCAGCCCAUGCCUUGUGCCUGUACCUCCGGAUCACCAUUAUACAAACAAGAGACCCGGGGCUAGCUCUGUGCUAGAGAAUCCCCAAGACGACGAAGAUUUUUGUGUGAGCGUGGCAUCGUCAUUGGAUUUCGACGGCCUCAUUUGCCCCUCAUCGCCUCCAACUUCGAACAGGCUACGAGCUAAACUACAGCUGAGUCUGCGGGACGUGAACGAACGUAUUGCGCAGGAAUACAAGCGCAUACACCAGGCGCAGCGUGUUGGCAAAAAGUCGAGAGUCAAACGACCAGCAGCUCCUGCAUCUAAUGUCAUGUGGAGUCUUCUAUGUGGCACACGGACGACGAAAGCGUCAGAUGCUGAUGGCUUGGCGAUUCUAGCCGAGAAGCUGGGGGUGACUAUUUCUCACCGCGCAUUAAAUCAGUUACAACGACACCGCCGCCAUGUGCGUGGCAUCUUGCAAAUCGUGACAGCACACAACCCCGACCUGGAGCUCACCGAGCGUCAGCUUGACUCAUUUGAAGCGGCAGACGUCAUGCUGUCCGCCGACAUCAAGUAUGUUGUGCUGCAGCAGCAGUACAAACUUUUGGCUACCAGUGUGGCACAAAGGCGGAGUGCUCUAGUCGAGGCAAAGCUCCGCAACGGUAUUGACUGCUUUGAGAAGCCUCAAGUGAAACGGUUUAUGUUGUCAAAAUUGCUCGAGGCCGUGAGCUGGUAUCGAUUGAUGCAGCGGAAUGCUAGGGAAGAGUCAGCGUCGAGCUCUGUGGGUACUGUGCCUACUUCAGAGUUGGCAGGUGUGUCUCCUUCUGGUUCAGUCGCGUUCGACGGUGGUCUGCAGGAGCUGCAAGUGGAAAAGAUAUUGAACGUCUUGUCCGCCGAAGAUUUUUAUUCCGAUUUUGGCAAGCUAAUGUGCCAGCGAGACUGGUGGGAGGUUGCACAGGCUCACUUCGAAAACCUCAUAUUCUCAUCGAGACAUUCUCGUAUCUGUCAGUGGGUACUACAGCUUUCAGAAGACGUUGCUGCGGUGAGUUUCGAAGAGUUGGAGGAAAACGAGAAUGGCGGACUCCGAUCCCAAACUAGUUCUUUGGCAGGAAAGGGCGUGCAACGUAGACCGCAGCGUGCUUCUUGGACUAACGACACACCGCCCGAACGGAUAAUUGACUUUGUGAACCGACUGACUGGUCGUGUUCGACGUGAGUUCGAUGUACCAUUGGAUGUCAGCAAGAGCCUGAGUGUCUUCAUCCAGCGCACGGUAUUUCCGCGUAUUGCCGUGCUCUGCUAUGACCAGAAAGCGACCCGCGAAUGCCAGCGAAAAGACAAGCUAUGGCGGAAAAGAUGCGUUGAGUUGAGUGGUUUACCUAUGGAGAAUUUGGGUGUGUCGCCUGAGCUGGUCACUAAGAUUUGUUCCAGUUUGCCCAGUCGUCGGGCUGAUAGAUCCAGUGACGGAAGCGGUCCGUGUCAAAACCAAAUAUUCCUCGUUCGCGCCAUCGAAGCUUUCAACGGCAUGGUGAGUGUGGUGCCUUGCGAUCUGCUCGCUGAGCUCAUGCAUGGCGUGGUCAUUUUACACCACGAAGCUGCGCUUGUGCUAGGCACAACCCAGUUCUCUGUGGAAACGUUCUUUCCGUUGUUGGCGUACGUGUUGGUGCACUGUCGCUUGCUGACAAUCCACGCACAGCUACAUCUUCUGGAGAAUUUCGCCAUUACUGCUGAUAACGCGAAUGGCGAGGAGUCAUACUACGUUUACUGUGUGCAUGCGGCUGUCGAGUACAUUUGCAACACUGCUGGGUUGGGAGUUGGUGCACUUUCUGAUGGUACAUGUGGCGUGAGCACGACCUCCAGUACACUGUCGACCACGAGUGGAUUGCUGGCUGUCAUGCCCAUGAACAAGUUGUCGCCACGCAGGAACCACGACGCUUUUUCAUCGGAACUCGAGCUGGAAGGGAAAGUUCCGUGUCCAGCGCCUACACCAGAAUGA